AUGUCCCGGGUCAAGUUCAACGUGAACACUGAAUAUGCUUACCUCCAGAACUUCAAGAUUCUCCAGAACGUCUUCUCCCGCCACCAGGUCAACAAGCCCGUCCCCGUCCAGUCCCUCACAAAGUGCCGCAUGCAGGAUAACCUUGAGUUCCUCCAGUGGGUUAAGAAAUACUGGGACCAGCACUAUCCCGGUGGUGAAUAUGACGCCGUCGGCCGGCGCAAGGCCUCCGGCGCCCCUGCUCCCGUUGGAGGCCCCGCUUCGCGCGCCCCGUCUGCUGGCAGCGCACGCCGUGGAGUGACCCCAACAACCGGCGCCGUCCGUCCCCGAGUUGGCGCCGCGGCCAGUGGAGCGGCCACCGCUGCCCUGCAACAGGAGAUCUCGACACAGAAGGAAGCGAUCGCAGGACUGGAGAAGGAGCGCGAUUUCUACUUUGCCAAGUUGCGAGACAUUGAGCUGCUGCUCCAGAGCGCCAUUGAAACCGACCCCGAGCUUGAAAAGGAGGAAGACACGCUUGUUAAGCACAUCCAGGGCAUUCUAUACUCGACCGAGGACGGCUUUGAAAUUCCCGCCGAAGGAGAGGAGCUUCCGGCCGACGAGCUCGAGACUUUCUAA